AUUCGCCUCCUUCCCCGAGAGCCGGUGCGGCGGCGGCCGCUCGCUCUCGGGCAGCUCCCCCCCUCCUCCCCCCGCCAUGAAGGGCCGUCGGCGGUGGUGCUGGCGGGGGGAGCACCGCCGCUUGGCGCUGCUGCUGGCGCUCUACACGCUGCUGCUGCUGCUGCUGGUGCCCUACGUGCUGGACUACGGAGCCCGGCGGGCGCGGGCGGACGAGGAGCCGCUGCUGCGGCGCUGCCCCAGCCUGGAGGAGGCGCUGAGCGAGUGGGGCUGGGAGCAGCGCCCGCCGCCGCCCGGCGACGACGAGGAGGAGGAGGAGGCGGCGGCGGCGGCGGGCAACGGCAGCGGGGCGGGCAAGCGGCACAUCUACCUGCACGCCACCUGGCGCACGGGCUCGUCCUUCCUGGGGGAGCUGUUCAACCAGCACCCCGACGUCUUCUACCUCUACGAGCCCAUGUGGCACCUGUGGCAGGCGCUGUACCCCGGCGACGCGCUCAGCCUGCAGGGCGCCCUGCGCGACAUGCUGCGCGCCCUCUUCCGCUGCGACUUCUCCGUGCUGCGCCUCUACGCCGCCCCCGCCGGCCCCCGCGACCCGCUGGGCGCCGCGCCGCCCGCCGCCAACCUGACCACGGCCGGCAUCUUCGGCUGGCGGACCAACAAGGUGAUCUGCUCGGCGCCGCUCUGCCCCGCCGCGCCGCGGCCCCGCCGCGAGAUCGGCCUGGUGGACGGCGCCGCCUGCGAGCAGCGCUGCCCGCCGCGGGCGCUGCGCGAGCUGGAGGCCGAGUGCCGCAAGUACCCGGUGGUGGUCAUCAAGGACGUGCGGCUGCUGGAGCUGGGCGCGCUGCUGCCGCUGCUGCGGGAGCCCGGCCUCAACCUGCGCGUGGUGCAGCUCUUCCGCGACCCGCGCGCCGUCCACAACUCGCGCCUGAAGGCCAAGCAGGCGCUGCUCCGCGAGAGCAUCCAGGUGCUGCGCAGCCGGCACCGCGCCGAGCCCCGCGGGCCGCCUCGCCCGCAGCAGCCCCCGCUCCCGCCCGGCCUGGGGCUGCUGGGCGCCGGGCGGGCCCCCGGGCAGCACCGCGCCGAGUUCUUCCUCGGCGGAGCGCUGGAGGUGAUCUGCCAGGCGUGGCUCCGCGACCUGCUGCUGGCCCGCCGCAACCCCGCCGCGCUGCGCCGCCGCUACACGCAGCUGCGCUACGAGGACCUGGUGCGGGAGCCCCGCGCUCAGCUGCGCCGCCUGCUGCGCUUCGCCGGCCUGCCCGUGCCGCCCGCCAUGGAGGCCUUCGUGGUCAACAUGACCCGCGGCGCCGCCUACUCCUCCGAGCGGCCCUUCCUCAUCUCCGCCCGCGACGCGCGGGAGGCCGUGCACGCCUGGCGGGAGCGCCUCAGCCGCCAGCAGGUGCGGCAGGUGGAGGCGGCGUGCGGCGAGGCCAUGAGCCUGCUCGCGUACCCGCUCAGCGCCGGGGAGCGGCGGUAGGGGACGCGCGGGGACCCGCCGGCAGCCGGCGAGGGGCGAGGCGGCCUUGUGCCGCGUGGCCGUUGGGCGGCAAGAUCUGGCCGCCUGCUCCGAAGAGGCGUUGGGGACGGCCGCCAAGCGCUGAGGGGACAGCGGGGACGCGCUUCUAAGAGUUCUGAGGUGUGUUUGGUAGGAGAGGUCCUCACGGGACGGCAUCGAGCUCCGAGGCCUACUGGACACGAAACUGGCGUACCAAGAGUUGUAAGUUCUUAAAACUUGUAUCAAACUGAUGAAAACAAAGACUCCGAGCAAACAAUCGGAGGACUCAUGUGAGAGCAUCGCCCUUUCCAGAGCGUAAAGCGCAUCUGGUUCCGUUGUAUCGCUCUUACAACAACGCGUGAAGAAGGCAUCUGUGGAACUCCCUGUGGGAUCUGACUGCCCACGCCUGGCAGGAGCCGCCGUGCCCAUGGCCUGGUUGCCCUGAAGCCGUGGGACAGGCAGUGCCCGCACCUCCCUCAGCCCCCACCUGCAGCCCUGCCCUCGGAGCACCGGGAGGAGCAGCGGGAGCGUUUGUCUGCUUCUGUGUCUUGAGGACAUUUGUUCCAGAAAAUUCCUGUGGAAGUGACAUUAUGUGGAAGGCGAAUGCUUGACGUUUCCAUUUUGUUUUCUCAACCGGCUGAGGGAAUGCCUUUCAGUCCCAGCUUCCUGGCUGAGACAAUGAGCUGCACGGGGCUCCCGUGCUCACAUCCCCUCCCAGCGAUAACAUCCUCUCAGCUGUAGCUCCUGCGUGUGGACAGAGCAAAGGCUGCCACACAAGGCUGGGCAAAUCCAUCCUGGCAAAAGAGGUCCCCGAGUGAAAAUUUGUAUUUAAGGGAAAAAAAAAAAAACCUACAUCACAUCCUUAAGUUUCAUUUUGGAUGUUCAGGUGUUGUUUUCCUGUAGACGUCCUGGGGCUUGUAUGAGGAGGGUGUGCAUGUGUGUGUGUAUGCAAGUAUCUUUUUUCCGUUGCUUACUUGGGGACAGGAGGUUGGACGGUGAUUUGUGGGCACUCACUGUAACUUUUUAGGAGCUGCUCUUGGGUCCAUUCCAAUCUGACAGCAGCUGAGUGGCACCUCGGGAGUACGUAGGGCUGUGGAGAUGCUGACACGCAAUCCUCAAGCACAAAGUGAGAACAUGAGCUUCAGAUGGAGGAUAAUCCGGGCUCAGAACAAAGCCGUGUUUAUAUAACGUGCUGGAAACAAAGGUGGCUCAAAGAAGUUGCAUUAGCUUACGAGGAGCGUUUGUAUUGUGCUGCAGUUUUUCAUGCUUCGGGUAUUGCGCUGUAAAACAUGUCAGUGUGUUAGGGCCAACCUUAAUUUAUUGUAGCUCUUCUUCCUUGGCCUUCCCACCCAAGAGCAGUGCCGUUAGCAUUGACACCAUGGCUGGGAACAAGUGCAGCCAGGAGCAUGCUUUUUGUGCUGCUCUGUGCUCAGCAGGUUGCAGUCUAGGAACUGUACGGUGCAGCUGUUAAGCACUCACUUCACCUUGGCAGAGAACCUCAUCGUGCCAGCCCAGGAUGCAGUGGUGUGACACAGGGAGCUGUGGGAAACACACUCUUAGGUUCACUUUUACUGGUUCGUUGGGAGAAGUGUUGUCGUCCAGCCUAAGCUCACGCUUAGUGCUGAAAAAAUCCACUAAUUGUAAACCAUCCUGUGUUUUCUGAAGCAGUUCCCACAUGUGACAGAUGCAUUUUCUGUGUCAAGAUAUAUUUUUUUCUCCACAGAAGCUGUUUCCUGAUGCGAUUUCUCUUUGUUAGCGGUUCAUUCAGUUUUUUUUCUCACCCCAAGCUGUCCUCCUAAGACCCGAUCUAAUUCUUGUCCUUGUGUGUGUAUGUGCAUACCAUGAGAAAGGCUCUGUUCUGCGAAGUGUAUAAAAAUACAGCAAGUGCAAUUUCUGUUUUGUAUUCAGGGCGUGAGAGUUUAUUAGAAGGCCGUGUAAAAUGAUCAGCGGGGAACAAACAAAACUGAGAAAUGAAGAAGUAGCAGUGGGAGUGCAGGAUGUGCAAGAGCAGCAGGGCUUAGACAGCGAUUGCUCAAUGGCAGAUGUUGUGACUGCAGCACGUCAGCCCGGGCAGGACCUGCUGAAGUGCCCCCAUCCCAGGAGAACAGCUGAGGCUCACCACCUACUUUGCUCCUAAAGCACUGUGGUGGAUGUUUACAGCACAUCCUCGCUGGCCUGGUAACCUGCACCUUGAAGGAAAAACAUUGCAAUGUCAAACAGCAGCAUCGCUCUGUGCCUGAAAGGACAGAAGGAAUGUGUGGGAUUGGGGUGGGCGCUGGAGCUUUGUGGGAGGAGCUCUCAAAGGGCACCCAGCCUGCUGGGUGCUGGGUGCAGGACAGCCAGGGUUAAGCUGCACUUUGGCAGUGGCUGCUCUUCUGUGGCUUGGUUAACAAGCUCUGCUGCUGUGCUGGGCAUCUUCUAGAACACAGGGGACCGGUAAGCAUGCUGCAGCUGAGCUGAGCUUGGCAGGCUGGGAAUCAGUCGGUGCUGGGCCACAGAGCUUUAGUGGUUUAGUCCGAGAUUUGGGAACAGCCUAUGCUUGUGUCACAUUACAUGUAAUGAAUUAACAGGUUUAAUCUAUUAAGUCGUAGUUGGCACUGGGAGCACAACUGACAAAUGCUUACGCCGUUAUUUCUGUCAUCUGGUUGUACUUAACUUUUGAUCAUGGUGCGUUUGCCUUAAGGGAGGCAGAAACUCAAGUCCUCCAAUCGUAUGUAAAGUGCUGUGCUCUAAGAGCGGUGUUUCCGUGCUGGAAUUGCUAAGUGCUCUGUUCCCACCUUACAUCUGUACUUAAACUGCUGGGCGACAACUGCAGUGACACGCUUGUGAGAAGCGGUGAAAGCGCAGAGUGAAGAAACACACAGCCCCUUGUGUUACUUGCACGUGCUGACACAUCACUUGCAGAUCCCCACGCUGUGUACUCACAUACUUCAGACGCAAUGGAGAUGUUUUCGUUGCACAGAGGUGUUUAUUUCUUUGGUUUCUGUUUGCCAGCACAAAGCUCUCCCCGGUGCAAUAUCCACUGAGCAAUGCUGGAAUGGCCGUGGAGAAUGAUAGCAAAGUCACUUACAGAACAGCUGUGGUGUUGCAUUGGUCAGCUCAGUGCUGUCCCCGGUCACCGAGUAUGGAGAAAAGCUCUGAGUUUCUACAUGAAGUUCUCUUCAGGCAUCACUGCCGCAGCUUUCAGUAAGCCACAUUAUGAAAACCAGUGCAGAACUCCUGGGUUUAUUACAGGCAUGCAAUUAAACAACAUUUUGGUGAAGAACAGAGCUCUGUAGACCCAAAGGCACUGAAGCGGUGGUUUUCUGCGAGCGUGGGACCUGAUGUACUGCCUGCAGUCAUGCUGUCUUGGUAUCUGGCACCAGGCAAGUCUGGCUUCCGUCACCAAGCUGUUGUGCCCCGCUGAUGACCUGCGCACCGUUUCUUGGUGUUAAUGAACAGGACUCGGGGCUUUCCCCGGUGCCCCCAAGUUUUUCUCCCUGUUUCUAACUGUCUAACUUUGACAAACCUUAACUGUAUUUAGGCUGAAUCUCUUCUUGUUGGGCUCAAGGUUUAAUUCUCUCUGGGGAACUUAAUUCAGAGGAGCGCAUCUUCUUUGAAACCAGGGUUGGGUUGUGGUGGUGUUGCACCCACAUCCAACUGCUCUCCGAGAUGGCUCUUUGAGGUCAUUUUUGUCACUGUGGCGCUUUGGGACAAGAACUCCAGUUUGGGCAGGGGGGAAUGACGUCCAUGUAAGGGAUGCACGUGUUUGGUGUUUACUGCUGCUGCUCUCAGUUGGCCAAAUGUUUGCAAAAAAAACUGUUAGCAUGUGCUAGUAAAAGUGGCUUUUGUAUGUUUAUGUGUCUUUAUUUUACACCAGAAAGCAUCUGCGUUGGUCUUACCUUCAGCGAACGCUCUCAAACCUCUGUGUUCCCGUGAGAAAGGCACAUGGAUGAUGGCAGUACCACGCUCUGUGUCUCAAUUACCCAUGCUCAGGGUGAAUUAAUUCAGACUUCUAGUAGAUACAGAGAAAUAUCAAGUGCGGUAGAAGCCCUCUGCCUUGGAGAAGAUAGAGCUGUUCACUCCACUUAGCCUGAAAGGAAAGGUGGACGGAGGACAGCAGGGCACAGCAGAAUGAAUAGCGGUGAUGGGGAGAGGUAAUCAUGCCAUGGAGAGCUUUGGCACGAGAACAGCAAUUUGUACGUGAGCAGUGAAUCACUUUAGCCUGGAAGCUGGAAGAACGGUGUGGUUCUGGAGCAGGCUUCCACAUGGAGCAGUUUGUUCUGGAGUUCACAUCAUUUAAAAAUGCUGGUCAUUUUGUUUUUACCGGGAUUUGAGUAUGGUGUACUUCUUAUUUCUCCCUGUGGGUGCAGAGCACAGCCUGCCACCACUUCCUUCUGGAAACUUUGUCACCUUGCCUUAGCAGAAGCACAUAAUUAUAUGAUUGUUUAUUACACAACAGCAACAACAACCACAAAAAGAACUCCAUGUUAAUCAGCUUUCAAGCUUAUUAGCUUCCCGUUCAGGCUUCAGUCGUACCAUUCUAGCUCUGACAGAGCACUCUGGGGUUCAUUCAUCCUUUUGCAUUGAGCAACUUCCACGCUCCGUGUGACUCAAGCCACAGAACUCCUCCAAGUGCUGCCUUAAUGCUACCAUAUCAGAUAACCAGAUAAAUGUUUGUUUGUACAACAUCAAAUUCUGGCAUGCAGAGAGGUAUUCUCACCUACCUGUCGUGCCUUGAGUUGCUUGUUUCUAAUAGAGUGACUGCAGUUAUACUCCUGAGGAGUUUAGUAUGAAUUUCAUUUUCCACCAUGAAUUGUAAAUUGGAGCCACAGCUUGAAGUGAUUCUCAGUAAGUCCUUACCAGAAUAUUUGUGUAGGUUGGCUCUUCUGAGAACUUACAAUCAAAGCUGCUACAUUCACACUGGACGCAUCAAGCUGAUAUUACUCAAACCUUUGUUCCUGGAUUAAAAAGGAGUUAACCUUUAUCUUCUGGCAAGAUGUUAUGUGUAGUUGUCUUAAUACUUCCAUGGAGAAUAAACCUCUUGCCGCUCUUGGCUCCUUGCUCUA